ACUUCCGUCGCUGUCAAGGCAGAAGCACUCCUCGCAGCGCUCCGCUAGAAUCCAAAAUCAAAAACCCCAAUCAGCGAGAGAGAGAGGGAGAUCCAUCCAUGGCUUCCGCCGUCGUCGUCAAGGGGGCCCCGAUGGCCAGCCUCCUCAAGGAGCUCCCCGCCGCGCCGUCCGCGUUCGAGAAGCCCGUGGCCUCCGCCGUCCGCCUCCUCAACACCAAGGGCGGAGGCGGCGACGACGACACCUCCGAGAAGCCCAGCGGCAAGGACACCGUCGACGGCCGCCUUGCGCUCGACCUCUCCGUCCCCAAGUUCGUCCCCACAGCCGCGCUGGACCUGUUCAGCGACCCGAGCAAGCUGCUCCAGCUGCUGGCGCAGGCGGAGGACGGCGGCGCGGCAUACGGGACCGGCCUCUCUGGGCACGGGUGGUGGGUGUCCAAGGAGGACGGCGACGCGAUCCAGCUGAAGGUGGCGAUGCCGGGGCUGGGGAAGGAGCACGUCAAGGUGUCCGCGGCGAAGAACGUCCUGGUGAUCAAGGGCGAGGGCGACAAGGACCCCGAGGACCGCAAGGGCCCCGCGCGCUACACCCGCAGCCUCCAGCUCCCCGCGGAGGCCUUCAAGAUGGACCAGAUCAAGGCGGAGAUGAGCAACGGCGUGCUCAAGGUGACCGUUCCCAAGAUCAAGGCCGAGGAGCGCAAGGACGUGUUCCAGAUCAAGGUCGAGUAGGGGUGUGGGGAUCGAAUCGGUCCGUCCAGGUCUCGUAGUUGCAGUCCAUAUCGUUAGUUGCGCAGUGCUCUAGUAGUAGUUUAGUAGAGUGGUCGUUGCUGAUGGAGAGAUGUUGCGAACGAAAGGGAGGCUUUUCUUUUUGGUGGUGUUGUUGUCUCGUGCCUGAUGUCUGAUGAGGCGGCCCUGUUUACCUUUCUGUUCGUCCUGCAGAGUUUAGUUUCUUGGAUGGUGCUGGUCACUGAUGACCUUGUCAUAAAUUUCUAAUGGAAAUGGUAUCUGCAGUUACUGAUCGGCA